AUGGCGGCUUACCUGCGGCCCCUGCCCGCCCUGUCAGUGCUGCUCCUGUCCAUCCUUCUGGUGGCGCCGGUGGUGGCCAGGAGCGGCGCAGGAGGAGCUCGCAGCGCCGAGUACUACCAGCGCCGCUAUCAGGGCCGGCCGAGACGGGGUCCGGUACCGACUGCACCUCCGGCUGAGGAUGGCCGGGACAACAGAGACGAGGGGUACCUCCAGUGGAAGGACACGAGGUCAACGGUAGCGCCACUAAAUGUGACCAUCGGCGGGCCCGGCCGAUCGCUGAAAGCCGGGCUGAUGGUUCGGGGUGAGGUGGGGGUGCUAAAACGUGAACAGUUCGGAGUGCUCCGUGCCAGCUCUUCGGCAGCUGCGAAGCGUGAGGGCGUGAAGGGCAUUAGCCGACCGGACUCUGCCGGUCUGCCGGUGCUGACUGUUCUGCGGUUCGCGAACGACGCGUGCGGCUCGGAGAUUGGCGGAGGCUGGGGGACGUGUCUGCUGCCCUCAGAGUGUAGCCGACAUCGUGGGGUGGCCAGCGGUGCCUGCGCGCACGGCUUCGGCGUUUGCUGUGUCCAGAGCGAGACGUGCGGCGGAGAGACGAGCGUCAACAACACGUACUUUGUCAACCCGGAGCACCCGGUCGCGGGCGUGGCAGUGCGAUCGUGCAUCCUCACCGUGCACAAAGCAGCGCCGGAUGUGACGCAGAUUCGACUUGACCUCACCGAAUUCCAGAUGGCGGGACCGACGAGCGGUACCUGCAAACGAGACGUGUUCAGCGUCAGCGGUCAGGACAGCAACAGCAUAGUGCCGGCACUCUGCGGCCAGAACCAUGGUCAACACUUAUAUCUGGAGGUGGGCGAGCGGACGGGACCCGUGCAGCUGCGGGUAGUCACCUCGUCACCGUCUGGACACCGCUGGCGGGUCAGAAUCAGUCAGCUGCGCCGCACCGAGGCCGGCCGGGCGCCGCCGCUGUGCCUUCAGUACCUGACCGGCCGCUCCGGCCGAAUCGCCAGCUUCAACUACAGGCCGGCGGUACAGGGCCAGGCUGGACAGCCGACGGACGGCGGGUAUAUGAACAACCUCAACUACAUGAUAUGUAUCAGGAAAGAGUCGGGCUUCUGCAGCAUUACCUACUCCACCGACAACUUUGGAUCGCAAGCUAUGGCAAAUGAGUUUAACAUUGUUAACUUUGAAAAUGAGGAAUCAGCUACCGGUGGCACGCCGACCGUGCCAGCCGGCCAGGCGGGCGUCGGACCCAUCAAAUGUCGGCACGAUUUUCUGGUGCUCAGCCUGGACCGGCUCUGCGGCGAGCGGCUCAACGACGCGGCCGCCAGCAGCACGCUCACGGACAACGCCGACGUCACAGACUACUCCGCUGGCCAGUUCGUCGUCAAGUUUGUCUCCAAUCACCAGCGGACCGGAGCCGGCUUUCAGCUCGACUUUCGGCAGAACCCGUGCUCCUCUCAGCAGGCCACAUGAAUGCGUUUCUCGUUUGCCUCCCGUGUUUGCGUUAGCAUCUGUCACCCGAGUCGCCCAAAGAGGGGUGGCCAAGGCAAGCCCUGAUUCAUAUCAUCGUGUAUGUUUGAAAGGACGCAUCACAUGGAAGAACAGGCUGGCAGUAAGGUAGCUAGUUUAGUCCAUUAUUCAGGUAAAUAGUUGCCGCUAUCCUCAUAAGCAUAUGUGUGACUUUAACGAUGCAUAUUAUCAGGUGUGUGGCCAGUUGUGUCAGUGUAUCAAAGAACUGUGAUGAAGUGCUGGUAAUUGUAUCAAUACAUCUUGAAACAUG